CACCCCAUCGUUUAGGCUGUUUCCAAACGCUUGCUUGCCUGGACUCCACUCUCUUUGCCUGGACUCCACUGUCUCUCUGAGUGUGUGUGUGUGUGUCUCUCUCUCCCCAUAUAUAUAUAUAUAUACGUCUCUUUACUCUCCCAUGACAUCCUUGUCUCGUGUUAUCUGAUCGAAAUGGCUUUGUUUCUUUGCUUCCUCUUCGCCAUCCUAAUCUCCUCGGCAAGCGCUUGUGAUCGCUGCUUGCAUCAAAGCAAGGUCGCCUAUUUCUCCAAGGCGUCGGCUCUUUCAUCGGGGGCUUGUGGGUAUGGUUCCUUGGCCGGGAGCUUCAACGCCGGCCACCUCGCCGCCGCCGUCCCCAGCCUUUACAAAGACGGAGCCGGUUGCGGCGCAUGCUUUCAGAUUAGAUGCAAGGACCCAACCCUAUGCACCAAACAAGGGGUCAACUUGAUCGUUACCGAUCUGAACCAGAACAACCAGACGGAUUUCGUUCUGAGCAGCAGGGCCUUCAGGGCCAUGGCCAACAAGGGCAGCGACCAAGCCAUCUUGAAACAGGGAAUUGUCGACGUGGAGUACAAGAGAGUGCCCUGCGAAUACAAAAACCAGAACUUGGCAGUGCGGGUGGAGGAAUCAAGCAAGGCCCCAAACUAUCUGGCGGUGAAGUUCCUGUACCAAGGCGGCCAGACAGAGAUUGUGGCAGUUGAUGUAGCUAAGGUUGGUUCGCCGAACUGGACGUUCAUGAGCCGAAGCCACGGCGCUGUUUGGGAGACGGAUAGAGCUCCGGCGGGGCCAUUGCAAUUCAGAAUGGUGGUGACAUCUGGGUUCGAUGGCAAGUGGAUUUGGGCCCAAAAUGUGCUGCCGACGGAUUAUAAAGUUGGGGUGAUUUAUGAUUCUGGAGUUCAGAUUAGUGACAUUGCCAAGGAGGGGUGCUCGCCUUGUGACGAUGGAAACUGGAAAUGAGAUUAUACGACGACGACGAUGAUAACGAAUUUUUAAAUUUCUUUGUGAAUAGGAUUCAGAUUUUGGUUUUGAUGUCAUGAAUGCAUGGAUACGGGGUUUUGAGUUGUUCGCAGGCAAAGGAUAGCAUAAAGUUGGGGAUAAUAAAAUGCCGCUGAAUCAAUCCGCUCAUUGCUCACUUGCAUUAGGUUAGGUGGUGGAUCUUGUGCUGCAAGGCAAGCAUAAUGCUUUGCUUAUGCUUGUUUAAUUGCGAGCAGGGCCACCUUCAGAUUUUGGGUCGCUAAGCAAGUCAAUAAAUUAAAAUUUUAUUGGAGCUCUAAA